AUGAAGGCCGAAAACAUCAACUUCCCGGACGUCCUCGAGACGCUUCCGCAUGACCCGCCAAAGCUCAGCAAGGAGCAAUGCGGCCAUAUACGACACAUUCACAACCUGGCCUCGGCACUAGACGGAGACUGGUCGUUCAUGGGAAGCGAGGAGCCCGGGCAGGAAUGGGACACUGCUCGCCGCUACCAGCUCGCCACGAUGGCGUACGCUCUCGGCGCCGCGCAUUACCACCGGCUCCCCGCCAUGCGCUCCGUGUUCAAGCCCAUGUUUGAGAAUCUGAUUCGGAAGAUGCUGCGGCGCGAUGUCUGGGACUACUGGUACCUCACGAGCCAGUCGGGGAUCCGACUCGAUCCCGAUCUGAAAGAGCUUCGCAAACCAUGGGCAGACCCGGUCGUCAAGGAGAAUAUCAUGUACUCGGGCCAUCUGCUGAACAUGGUCUCUCUCUUCUCCUGGCUCUUCAACGACGACAGGUUCGACCAAGCGGAUGGCAUCGUGUUGAAGUUUGACCCAAUGUUUUGGGGUAUGGGUCCCCAAACCUUCACGUAUACGCGGAGCGGUCUGCAGAAGGUCAUCCUCGCCGAGAUGGAAAAGGAAGGCUGGGUGGGUGUCUGCUGCGAGCCGAACUUGGUCUUUAUCAUUUGCAACCAGUUUCCCAGCUGGAAAAAGAUCAUCGCCACAAGGUACAACGAUGUGCGCAACGGCACCAACGUCGUCGACGACGUCCUGGCCAAGUACAAAGCAGCGUGGGCAGAGAGGGGGUUCAUUGGCGAGAAUGGCUUGUUUCGCAGGUUCUACACCACGAGGCAGAAGAGACUCGUCGAGUCCGAGGAGAUCGGCCAUUCUGCUUGGGUGAUGGCAUUCAUGCCCUGGAACUACGACUUUGUGCAGGGCCUGUACCCCAAGAUCGGCGAGGGGUUCCUUCACAGAAUGGACGAUCGCAUCAACGUGAAUCCCGCUCCGGUCGCGCAUGAGAUACGGCGACUGGUUAAGACUGAGAGUGCAGACCCGGACUCUGCCUCGGUCGUCUCUCGCGCGGCCGAGUCCGAGUCGGUCAAAGAGCAAUUGAGAAUCAGGCAUUUCCCGUACAGGACUCCUGUGUUCGGCUAUGUGGCGCAAUGGCUUUCCGAAGUUGCGGGCCCGGCCGACCUCGACUUGCUGCUGAGGCACGCCGACACCUAUCUCGGCCCGUCGUGGUCGAACGGAGGUCUGUACUACAAGCGAUGUGACAAGGGCUGGGACGAGCAAGGCAACUACACCUACGUGGACCCGCACACAGGAAAUGCCGGGAUCGCCUACGCAAGACUGAAUGUCAAGGACGGACAGAAGAAGAUGUGGGAUCACCCAUGGACAAAAGAGGACGUCGAGUCUCGCCCGUGGAUCGAUGACGUCGGUCUUGAUCUGGGCAUCGAUUGUCUCCGGGGCGAGUGGGACGAGGAGAGCAGGACAAUGGUUGCCUCUUUCAGAACCUGGGAUCAGAGCGAGGUCUCGUGCCGGGCGGUGGUCAGGAAUCUGCCUCCCGGAAAGUAUGGCGUGUAUGUUGCUGGUCGACUGCAGCGUGCAGUUGAAGUCGAUCAGGCCAGAGGCGACAUCGAUGUGGAUCUUCAGGUCGGGGCGGAAGACGUCGAUUUGGUUAUUCGUUCCGCCUGA